AUGGAUAUCCGGAACUUUUUUGGCGGCAAGCCUGAUCAAGGCUCCAGCCCAGCUGCCGCAAAACCCGCGGCCAAAAAAGAGCCCGAAGAGACCAAAGACGAGCCUACGACAUCCUCCGACUACUUUGCCUCUACCAAAAAGAGAGGAAGACCUGCCAAAGCCACAGAGGCCACCAAGCCUGACAGCGCCAAGGAUGAUACCGCCAGCGCAAAGCCUAACAAGGCCACUGAGGAACCAGCAAAAAGUAAACCAAGCGCAUCUCGCACCUCGAUGAAGAAAACCACGAAGGUCAUCGAAGAUGAGAACCUCGGUGACAAUGACAUCUUCGCUACCGAGUAUGGAAAGGUCGGCAAAGGAGACGAUGAAUAUGUUGCCGGCGGCGACAGUGAUGACGGUAGCGACUUUGAGGUUCUCGAGGUAAAACCUGCCGCCCCAAAACCCAAACGAGGACCAGCAAAAAAGGCAUCCCGCCACAAUGAGGAUGAGGAUGUGGUGAUGGAAGAACUUCCAAAGAUUUCUGCCCCGAAAGCUUUACCGGGCCGCAAACGCAAGUCAGAAGCUCUCAUUGACGAAGACGAAGAUUUCGAGCAGCCAAAAAAGCAACCCAAAAAGGCUGCAGCAAAACCGAAAUCCACUGCAUCGCCAGCUGCCAAGAAGCCCAAGGCUAGCCCCAAGAAAGGCGUGAAAGAGGAUAAGACUGAAAGCAAAGAGAUCCAGGAUAUCUUCGACAGUAUUCCCACAAUCGAUGCGCCGGAGCCACCCCAGGGAGAGGCCAAGAAAUGGAAGUUUGGUCAACAACAGUCUCGGGACCCAGAAAUGGCUGGGACUAAGGAGAUGCCCACUGGACAGGAAAACUGUCUUGCCGGGCUCUCAUUUGUUUUCACUGGUGUCCUGGAGUCUCUUGGCCGUGACGAGGGAUCUCGUUUGGUAAAGAAGUACGGUGGUAAGGUCGUUGGAGCACCCAGUUCCAAGACAAGCUACGUUGUACUCGGUGGUGAUGCCGGUCCAAAGAAGCUUGGGGUUAUUGCACAGCAUAAGCUCAAGACCAUCAACGAAGAUGGUCUCUUCGAAUUGAUCAAGAGACUGCCCGCCAACGGUGGGGAUGGAAAAGCUGCCGAAAAAUAUGCCGAGAAACAACGCGCCGAUGAGGAAAAGGUCCGGGCGAUGGCCGCCGAGAUUGACGCCGAAGAGAAACGCAAGGCUGCGGCGGCAAAGCCUGCAAAAGCUCCCAAGUCGGGCUCAACCACGCAACAGACACCACCCAGCUCCCAGUCUGUGUCGUCCGGUGAUCUAUGGACUACGAAAUAUGCCCCGACUUCAACCAAUAUGAUCUGUGGCAACAAGGCCCCCGUUGAAAAGCUCCAAAACUGGCUGCGCAACUGGCACCGCAAUGCGAAGUUAGAUUUCAAGAAGGGUGGUGCAGACGGUUCUGGUACAUACCGAGCUGUAAUCAUGCACGGUGGUCCAGGAAUCGGUAAAACCACAGCAGCCCACCUUGUGGCAAAACUGGAGGGCUACGAUAUCGUGGAAACUAAUGCUAGUGACACCAGAAGCAAGAAGCUUGUUGAGACCUCUACCUUGGGUGUACUCGAUACAACCUCCUUGCAAGGAUACUUUGCUGGGGAAGGUAAACAGAUUGAGGGCGACAAGAAGAAGCUUGUCCUCAUCAUGGAUGAGGUUGAUGGUAUGUCUGCUGGAGACCGUGGCGGCGUGGGAGCUGUUGCUGCUAUCGUCAAGAAGACAAAGAUUCCAAUCAUUCUCAUCUGUAAUGAGCGACGACUCCCCAAGAUGAAACCAUUUGACCACAUCACUUUCGAAAUACCUUUCAGACGCCCGACAGCCGAUCAAAUCCGUGCCAGACUAUCAACCAUCUGCUUCCGUGAAGGCCUAAAGAUCCCGCCUCCCGUACUCGAUGGUCUCAUUGAAGGGACAAAUGCCGAUAUUCGGCAGGUCAUCAACAUGUUGUCUACAGCCAGGCUGGACCAACAAGGCCUCAAUUACGACCAAGGAAAGGACAUGUCAAAAGCAUGGGAAAAGCAUAUCAUUCUCAAGCCUUGGGACAUCGUUAGCAAAAUUCUCAGCGCUCAGAUGUUUGCCCCGAGCUCCACCACUACCUUGAAUGACAAGAUCGCCCUCUACUUCAACGACCAUGAGUUUAGCUAUCUGAUGCUCCAAGAGAACUAUCUCAAAACCAAGCCCACGCUUGCGGGCAGGUACCAAGGCAAAGAGCAGAAGCUCAAGGCGCUUGAGUUGAUGGACAACGCCGCUUCGGGGAUCAGUGAUGGUGACCUUGUCGACCGCAUGAUCCACGGAACUCAGCAGCAGUGGAGUCUGAUGCCCGUCCAUGCAGUAUUCAGCUUCGUACGGCCUGCCAGUUUCCAGUACGGAAACUUCAGCGAACGGGCUGGAUUCACUAGUUGGUUGGGUAACAACAGUAAACAAGGCAAAAUGUCGCGAUACGUCAAGGAAAUUCAGGGCCACAUGCGUCUUCGCACUACGGGCAACCGCGACGAGAUUCGUCAGCAAUACUUGCCUCUACUUCAAGAGAAGAUUAUUCGCAGACUGAUGGAUGAAGGCAAGGAAAGUGUUGACUCUGUCAUUGACCUCAUGGACGAAUACUAUCUCACCCGUGAAGACUUCGAUGCCAUGGUUGAACUGGGACUCGGCCCCAUGACCGAGUCUAAUAUCAAAAUUGAGACCCAGACCAAGGCUACAUUUACGCGUCUGUACAACGCACGCUCGCACCCUAUGCCAUUCAUCAAGGCUAGCAAUGUCGUGGCGCCAAAGAAGGGAACGAAGGAGAAGCCUGAUCUCGAGGAUGCUAUUGAGGAGUCUGACGAAGAGGAAGUUGUGGAAGAAGUCAAGGAUGACGAGGAAGAGCUUGAUCUGAAGAAGGACAAGUAUGUGAGUUUGCCUAAGAAAAAGAAGGCGCCAGCCAAGGGCAAAAAGACCAAAAAGACCGAGGAUGAUGACGAAGAGAAGCCUAAAAAGGGUCGUGGUAAGGCUAAGGCUAAGGCUUGA